GGGGAGCGUGUGCUUCGGUGCUUCUACUGCGAAGGAGGGGUUUCAGUUGCCUGAGCCAGCUCGUCUGGGUGGUCCAGGGUGUGGAGUCAGCCGCAGGUGCAGAGGUACCGGAAAGGCGAUGCAUUAGUAGUGCGUUUUUGCUUUGCAUUAAUGGGACUAGCCGAACUCUGUCUGACAACUGAGGCGGAGAAGUAAGAGGUUCUGCCAUUGGCCGGAUUAGGUAACUCCGGGAGGAGCUCCGCAGGCGGAGGAGGAGCCAGGGCAGCCCCUGAGAAGCUGGGACACCUCCAGUUGAUAAGAGGCAGAGCCCAGUAGGAAUUCCCUCCGCUUGCUGGUAGGAAGCUUGGGGAGCACCCACAUGGAAGAGAAGCAGAUCCUGUGCGUGGGGCUGGUGGUGCUGGACAUCAUCAAUGUGGUGGACAAGUACCCCGAGGAGGACACGGAUCGCAGGUGCCUAUCCCAGAGAUGGCAACGUGGAGGCAACGCGUCCAACUCCUGCACUGUCCUUUCUUUGCUCGGAGCCCGCUGCGCCUUCAUGGGCUCGUUGGCCCCUGGCCAUGUUGCCGAUUUUGUCCUGGAUGACCUCCGCCGACAUUCUGUGGACCUACAAUACGCGGUCCUUCAGACGGAGGGCUCCAUCCCCACCUCGACGGUCAUCAUCAAUGAGGCCAGCGGUAGCCGCACCAUCCUGCACGCCUACAGCUUCCUGGUGGCUGACUUCAAGCAGAGGGGCGUGGAUGUGUCUCAAGUGGCCUGGCAGAGCCAGGGAGAUACCCCUUGCUCUUGCUGCAUCGUCAACAACUCCAAUGGCUCCCGUACCAUAAUACUCUACGACACGAACCUGCCAGAUGUGUCUGCCAAGGACUUUGAGAAGGUUGAUCUGACCCGGUUCAAGUGGAUCCACAUUGAGGGCCGGAAUGCAUCGGAACAGGUGAAGAUGCUGCAGCGGAUAGAACAGUACAACGCCAAGCAGCCUCUGUCCCAGAGAGUUCGGGUGUCGGUGGAGAUCGAGAAACCCCGGGAAGAGCUCUUCCAGCUGUUUGGCUAUGGUGAGGUGGUGUUUGUCAGCAAAGAUGUGGCCAAGCACCUGGGGUUCCAGUCAGCGGCAGAGGCCCUGAGAGGCUUGUAUGGUCGUGUGAAGAAAGGGGCUACACUCGUCUGUGCCUGGGCUGAGGAGGGCGCCGAUGCCCUGGGCCCUGAUGGCCAGCUGCUGCACUCGGAUGCCUUCCCACCGCCCCGAGUAGUAGACACCCUGGGGGCUGGAGACACCUUCAAUGCCUCUGUUAUCUUCAGCCUUUCAAAGGGAAACAGCAUGCAGGAGGCCCUGAGAUUCGGCUGCCAAGUGGCUGGCAGGAAGUGCGGCCUGCAGGGCUUUGAGGGCAUUGUGUGAGAGGUGGGCAGUAAGAGGCACCAGCUCAACACCUCAGAGGCUGGCGCCAUUGCCUGCCAUUGCCUUUUCCACUUCAGCCAGCCUGGCAUCCAGCUGCCCCGUUUCCUGGGCAGGUGGCGUCUGCGAAGAGAACUCUGUGUUGUUCAUGUUUCUGGAUACCUCCAACUCCAUUCUGUAGAUGCUCGGAGCAAAUAAACC